AUGGCCCCAGAUGAGGUGCACCAAAGCACUGCUCCAUCCACCACAUAUUUCCACAUUCCCGGGCUGGGGAAGAGCUACAAGGUAGGGGAGGAGCUACGUGUCACUGUGGUGGCCAGGGAUUUCCACCAGAAGCCCAAGCAAUAUGGAGGUGACUACUUCCAGGCUAAACUUUUCUCAUCCAAACUGAAGGCUAGUGUGUUUGGGGAGGUGACAGAUCUGGAGAAUGGGUCCUACUCAGUGCACUUUCUCCUGCCCUGGUCUGGGGAGGCUCGGGUAGCUGUACGCCUGAUCCACUCUAGCGAGGCUGUGCAGGUCCUGAAACAACUCCGGAAGUAUCAGUCUGUUCGUGCAACAGAGAGAUGCAGACCUGGGCUGCAAAUCCCAGUCCCAGCUGGGUUCUACAUGAGGGACGUGUGGACCUCUCUGGUCUGCACCACCGGCCAUUUUAAUGCUCCCAAAAUUACAGAGAGAGAGCUCUUCAUGAUGGGAGACUCCACCAUGAGGCAGUGGUACCAUUAUCUUGGAAGUUCUGUGCCCAGCAUGAAAUACAUCAACCUUCACUCCACUGAACAGGCAGGUCCUCUCUUGGCGGUGGAUGUGGAAAAUAACAUAGUCUUGCAUUGGAGGGCUCAUGGCACACCACUGCGCUCUAAAGCGGCCCCAUUUGUUGACUGGCACUACAUCAGCAAUGCGAUUGACAGUAUAGCAGGCGGGUCCCGCAAGGUCAUCAUCUUCAACAUUUGGGUGCACUUCACAACUCACCCACUUGAGUAUUACAUCCGUCGAGUGGCAAGGAUUCGGCAAGCUGUUAUUGCACUGCUGAAGCGGGCACCAGAUACGAUUGUCGCCAUCAAGUCUGCUAACACUGGCUCAAAGCAGAAUGUCUAUGGCAGUGACUGGUUUUCUAUACAGUUGGAAACAAUAUUGAGAACCGCCUUCCAGGGGAUUAAUGUAGCAUUCAUAGACGUCUGGCAAAUGACAUCCUGCCACUACAGUCCAGAAAGUAUCCAUCCCAACCCAACUGUGAUUGGGAAUGAGAUCAACCUUUUGUUGUCAUUCAUCUGUCCUGUCUGAAUGCCCAUUCCCCGUGGUUCUGUUUUGUUAUUAAAAUAUCUUGGUACGUACUGGUGUUCAUGAUGACGUCUAUCUUAACAGAUGCUCCAGGACCUUUGGAAUUUUUCAUAUUUACAAAAAAAUAAAGGCCACCCAUUUGUAAACAAGAAUGAACCAAUGCUUUAGCCUCCUGGUGUGUAGUGAAGUCCAAUUUUCCAUAGCAUACAACUCACAAUGAUGGAUAAGAUGUCUUGCAUUUGUAUCAAACUUUGGUGUUACACAGUAUCUAAUGUUUAAAGUGCAGAUGCUGAUGCUUGCUGUUACUGUUGUGGUUUUCAAUCGAUGAGAUUUCCAGACUUUGUGUAGAAUUCUUUUAAGAUUUUCAAUAAAGAG